AUGGCGACUUGUUUUCUGAAAACACGAGAGUUUGGAGACUGUGGAGAAUUUCGAGGUAUAGCUGAGCUUGUAAGCUUAGAUCAAUGUAGGAACGAUUUAAGUCAACAUUUAUCCCGAUGUCAUUUGAGUCGAGAACGGAUUAUGGAGGGAGAAUUGAUUUUGGUGCGUUCAGGUUUGUUUUAUACGACCGAAACACAGAGACAAAAAAUGCUUGUUUGUCCGAAGCACCGUGCGUAUCUCGGGCAGUACUGGGGAAAUCAAACAAAGUUAAGCUCAUGCAAGUACCCUGACCACAAGGGAGAGCACAGAGCGGUCAGAACAGAUCGCGCAUUUACUUUGAAGGUAUCAAGGGAAGUAAUGGAAGUGUUUGGUGUUCUUUUUCCUGUCGGAGCACGUGAGUAUUUGCCUAUUUUCUGGAUUACCUCUUAUUUGAAAUAAUUGAGACUCAUAAACAACCUGCGCAAAUAGCAGAUAUUAUGAAUAAUCUCGUGUAUGAUUUUUUUAAGCGAUCUGUAGUAGCUGUAGAAAGGCGCACGGCAAAAGGGUCCAGAGUAAUUGGCCGUGGCUACAGGGAGGAAACGCGAAUGCGGGACCACGCGAUGAAGAUGAUGCAGUACUGCUGACUAGGUAUCUUUAAUAUAAAUAUUCUUGUUUUUGACAUUAAAAUGCGCAAAAACAGUUAUCCUCAGUUCUUGUCAUAGCUCAAACACAAUUCUGUUGGCGCAAGAUAAGAUCGUGAGAACGCUCGUUCGGGAUUGGCUAGCUUAGCCCUGUUUGCGUUGUAAUAAAAAGCCGACAUGCUUUGUUCCAUCCACCCUCUCGGUACUCUGAAAAUACCCCACGAACGGGACCAUUAGAGAAACGUAAUUGUUGGUAACAACAUAAAGGAGCAUUUGUAUCCAGGAAAAAAAUACCCUAAAAGUUUAAAAACGAGCCUAAGGGACGGACCAUUAAAGAAACUAAAUUGUUGGUUACAGUAUAAAGGAGUGUUUGUAUAUAGGAAAUAAAAUACCCUAAAAGUUCAAAAACGUGAAAAAAGUGUUGUCGAUCACCUUUUCAAUCACUUUAUAUUGUUUGUCCCAAACAGCAUUGUGUUCAGACCUGCAAACCAAAAUGUGUAGCUUUUAUUUUUUUAUUUGUUUGUUUAAAUGGCACAAUCGCUUUAUUAUCGAUAUGAAAUGCCCUCUAAUAACAAUUUCUGGGUGUAGGCGUGGCCGUCGGGGUGAUUUUAGGCAUUAGAAGAGAUAUGCCUCUUAUAUGCUGCUAAAUUCCAUAACUUGAAGUUUUCGGAGGGAAAUCACCCUAGCUUCCCUUUAGCAGUAGGUCUCUUGCCAGUCGCUUUUCCAUCAUUGUCAUGUGGUAAUGCCUUCUUGUGUCUCAUAUAGGAAGAGCAAAGACAAGGCCUUGGCGGAGAUGCGAGAGAUCCCACCAGACACCCCAACUGUUUCCACACCACUUGGUGACUUCCCUUGGACACCUGGACAGUGGCGCAAACUAGAGUCAGUGGACGAUGACAGCACAGGCGAGGACAUGCAGACUUUUCCAGACCAGACAUUCGAGGUGUAUAAUACCGCAAUGGCGCAAAUCGCUGGACUGUCCGAUAUCAAGAUUUUAGAGCCGUUGACCUUUAGGCUGAAAGUGGACUGGGGCACUGCAACAGAGAAAGAAAAGCAGAUGUGCGAAGAGAAGGUUGACGAGGUCUGUCGGGCAGUGUGUAAAGUGAUCGCACCAAGCUCUAGCGAGGAGUUGCUGAAAUCGUACGUGAAGCGUGCUUCCAGGUCAGAUAAAGAGGUCGAGGUACUGACGUCAGCCUACAGGCAAGCACCAACCAAGAAUCUAAAAACACAGAUCCUAAGUAUAUAUGCCUUGCGCUAUACGUCAAACGAACUGAAGGCAAUGCACGCGCCCUUUGAGAAGCUCAGUGAUCGCCAAAUAAAGAAAGCAAGAACACAUGCAAAAACUGUAGGAGUUGGG